CGAACAGUUUGCCACGGAUGGCGCCGCCAGUUUGUUCGAUCGUUGUUACCGCUGAGCAGUAAACAGUGAAAGAUUAAUUAAAAACAGGGUACCUAAUUGUUAAUACCUAACACCGGUUAACAGAGACGCAACAAGUGAUCUUACGCUAAUCAGUCGCGAUGUACGAUAAUAAUUAGUGCAGUAUUUUAUACUUUUAGUUACACUCGUAAGAACGGUCGAACCACUCCUUAUCAAAAUGUCUGCCGCGUCAUUGUUCCGUCGUGUUUGUGUUAAUCAAAUCGUCGAUUUCUUUGGUGUAAACGCAGCAGUGACCUACAAUGUGCCGAAAAGAUAUAAGUGGACGUAUAUCAAACUUCCUAAACCAGGCGUUGGCGGUAAAUCUUUCAGAAGAAUUGUUCAUUUCGAGGAUAAGUAUACGAUUAAGCCUUUGGAGGUUACAAACUUAGCAGGCAGGGAUCCUGUAACGGGAAGAGUAGUGGUCAAGGGGUACGGUGGUGGUAUCAAGCACAAAUACCAUUGGAUAUAUUGGAAAAGAGAGGGACCGACCGACUUAAACGAAAAACCCAAGGAGGAGAAGGUGUUGCGCAUAUUUAAGGACGGAUGUAGGACAGCUUUUGUAGCUCUGGUUGGCAGUGAUCGGCAGUUAAAGUAUAUCCUUGCCACACAGAACAUGAAGGAGGGUGAUAUAAUCAGGACUCACAUGGGUAUACCUAGAAACGCUGUCAGACCUAACGAAGGAGAUGCGUAUCCAUUGGGAGCACUGCCUGCUGGAACAGUAGUUAACUGCGUGGAGAAAUAUCCAGGGAUCGGUGGUAACCUUAUCCACGCUGCAGGAUCGAGCGCAGUAAUAGUCAAAAGGGAUGAGAAGGAUCCCAACCUUAUCGUUCUUAAAAUGCCCACCAAGAAACUGUUCCUCUUGAACAAAGCAUGUAUGGCAACCGUGGGCAGAUUGUCGAAUACUGAACACAGUUCAAUAAAAAUUGGUAGCGCUCAGAAAUUGAGGGAGCUUGGCUAUCGACCUAGAAGCGGUCUGUUCAAAAAGAAAACCGGUAGGUUUGGACCGAAACUGAAAAAGAAGAACAAAUACGUCCUUUGUGUUCCGGCCCCGCCAAAACAAUCGGAGAAACUUCUUUUGAAUAAUUCGGAGCUGAACUAGCGAAGACAAACGCGAACGCAUGUAGAAUAAAUGGUU